UCCCGCCGCCCUUCUCCCAGUUCCGGAGCCCCAAGGCAGGGGACCCCGGGAUAGGACGUCCCCGCGCUUCCGGGCACCUGGCUCAGCAGGAGACCCCCGAGUCGGGGCAGGGCCGGUCCGGCGGAGGUGAGCCGGACCCCGCCCGGCACCCGGGCCCCGCCGAGCCCUCGGAGCUCACCGAUGGGGCCCCGGCUCCCCGCGCCCUCUCGCCCCACCGCGCCCAGCCCGGCGCCCCGAGCCGCGCGGAAGAGCCCGGCACAGUGACCCAGGAGCCUCCGCGAACUUCGGGCGGCUCGGCGGCGGGAGCGGCAGGCGGUUCCCCGCACGUACAGGCGCUUCCAGGCAGCCCUCCGAGCCGUGCCAGAGGCCCGGCCCGCCGUUCCCAGCCCCGAGCCAUGAUGAAGACCCUGUCCAGCGGGAACUGCACAUUCAGUGUGCCCGCCAAGAACUCGUACCGCAUGGUGGUGCUGGGCGCCUCGCGGGUAGGCAAGAGCUCCAUCGUCUCCCGCUUCCUCAACGGCCGCUUCGAAGACCAGUACACGCCCACCAUCGAGGAUUUCCACCGCAAGGUCUACAACAUCCGCGGCGACAUGUACCAGCUCGACAUCCUGGACACCUCCGGCAACCACCCCUUCCCUGCCAUGCGCAGGCUCUCCAUCCUCACCGGCGACGUCUUCAUCCUGGUGUUCAGCCUGGAUAACCGGGAGUCCUUCGACGAGGUCAAGCGUCUCCAGCAGCAGAUCCUGGAGGUCAAGUCCUGCCUGAAGAAUAAGACCAAGGAGGCGGCACAGCUGCCCAUGGUCAUCUGCGGCAACAAGAAUGACCACGGCGAGCUCUGCCGCCAGGUGCCGGCCACCGAGGCCGAGCUGCUGGUGUCGGGCGACGAGAACUGCGCCUACUUCGAGGUGUCGGCCAAGAAGAACACCAACGUGGACGAGAUGUUCUAUGUCCUCUUCAGCAUGGCCAAGCUGCCACACGAGAUGAGCCCAGCCCUGCACCGCAAGAUCUCCGUGCAGUACGGCGACGCCUUCCACCCCAGGCCCUUCUGCAUGCGCCGCGUCAAGGAGACAGACGCCUAUGGCAUGGUCUCGCCCUUCGCCCGCCGCCCCAGUGUCAACAGUGACCUCAAGUACAUCAAGGCCAAGGUCCUCCGGGAGGGCCAGGCCCGCGAGAGGGACAAAUGCAGCAUCCACUCCUCCAUGGUAGGGCGCAUCUCAGCAUAGCAGGAGACAAGGUUGGGAAAAGUCUGGACUUAUGCAGAGACCCAAAUUGGAGAGUUGCUGUCCUUGGGGUGGAGGAAAGACUGAUGCCAGAGGGGCCUGGAUUCCUGCAUCCGACCAAGUCUCCUGGAGCGGGGUGCCAGGUGGAAACAACCUCCCAGAACCGGUGGAAGAGGCCUCUGCCCUCCUGGUGUGAGACCCAGCUUGGUUUAGGGGAGAGGUCCCCUCCAACCCCCAAUCCUGAAAGCCCUGCCUUCUGGCUCAGCCGUCUCUGCCCCUUGCCCCCACGUUGUCCCCCUGCUGACCUGACACUGAGCCAGUGGCAUCUGUAUGUUUGAGAUGGAGCGUGGCCGUGUCCAUCUCUGAGACCAGGUCUACGUCCUCAGCCACCCCCCUCUCCAGUCUCCUCUCGUCUGAUGGUUGUGCUGUCCUGUUGCAGCUGCUCUCCUCUUGUGCAUAGUGGUAGAAAUGGAAAUAAUUGUACUGUAAAAACCUAAUGACCCUUCCUUGGCCAGGCCCCUGCCCAGUUCAGAGCCACGGCCAUCCCUGGGGGCACCUCCCUCCCCGCUCCCUGAGACAGCCUGUCUAGACAGUGACCUCUGUACAAGCUUUCCGGUUUGCAGAACACUUGCACAAGCCCAGGGUAGGCAGGGCAGGCUGCUUCUCCUUCAUGUGCCCAUUUCACAGAAGAGGAAACUGAGACUUUGAGGGGGAAUCAGUGUGCCCAGUCCCCUCCCCCCAACACCCUCCCGAGCUCAGGGCCUGACUUCUGCUGUGCUUGCUUCUCAAGCAUUGAGUGAGCGCCUGCUGGGUGCUGGGUCCCCUGUGUGCUAGGAAACAAAGAGGGUGAGGGGGUGCACUUUAUGUCCUCAAGGCCUGACCCACUUCCCUUCACCCACACCUGUCCUCCACUCACCUCUGCUGCCCGCUGCUUUCUGCACACACAGCUGUUGGCAGAAGUGAAGGAGCAGCUGGGAGCAGAGCUGAGCCCGGGAGAGGUCAGGCAGAAGGGCUGGGGUCGGGGUGGGGGUCUUUUCCUUAUGCCCAGAUUGGGCCGAGCUGGACACCUCCUCACACCGAGGCACAGUGGGAUUUGAACUGUAGGCCCAAAGAGCCUGACAUAUCGGCACUUAACAAAUACAUUUAAUACUUUAAUCUCCUUAAAAACAUUGACUUUUCAGGCCGCAAGUCAUUAGUGAUCAUCUAGGGAGUCUUUCUGAAGCCCAGAGAGGGUAAGUAACUUGGCUCAGGCCACACAGCAAGCCCCUGAGGGCAGAAGCAGGGCUAGGUCUGGGCAUUCAGUAUACACCAUGCUGUGCCCCUUCUCCAGAACCUUUGUAUCCCUGACCCUCUCCUUGAAUUGGCCCAUCAGGGUUCCCGUGGGGUGUCCAACAAGCCCCUGUAUAUACACAGCUGUACACAGGAACACACAAUACACACAUGCCUCGCCCCAUCUCUGAAUACCCUGCCCCCUGCUGUGUCUGCACCUCCGCACCCGCCACUCCAGCAGCAGCUCACGCCCUGCUUCUGUCUCCCCACCUGCUGCCAGCCUGAGCCCUCUCACCAGACCAGGAACCUUGGCCAAGACAGGUAUGUGGUCUGGCCUCACCCGGUCACAGCCCCGCCGCCCUGGUAUCUCUGUAUACACUAGCAAUUAAACUGGGUUUGUUUUUAAGCUGUG